AUGAUACAAGGACGAGGAGACCCGUCAUACUCACAGUGGGUGAAGACGUAUUACGUUUCCUUUAGUAUUGACGGUCUUACGUGGACCAGCGUGACGUCACAAAACGAAGAUCCAAAGUUAUUUACCGGGAACAGUAACCGAAACACCGUAGUCAAGUCCAGUCUCGUCCCAAGUAUCACAGCUGUUUACGUCCGUAUCAAUCCCAGGAGCUGGUACAGCUAUAUCAGUCUCCGAUUUGACAUCAGUGGAUGUUACAAUGUUAAGGGAAAAAAUAACCGGUCGGACUUUUACCGAUUGCCAAUGUCACCCUCGGCAGACCUCAAUCAGCACCUUGUGUUCGAGUCACAGUCUCGGUCACUUCCUAACUGCGGUAAAUUGUGCCAUAGAGGAGAAUUGUGUUUUUCCUUCACCUUUGACACAAACCAGAACACUUGUCGGGGCUAUAAAUUAUUAGUCACCAAAACACUCAUGACCUUCUCCACAGAAUCAACGGACUAUUUCGUUAAUGCAGGAUUGUUGACAUCCCUUGGAAUCAAAAUUUUAUCGAACAGAGGCACGUUCUACAAGGUGAUCGAACUUGAAUUGAACCAGACAAGUGCAGCCUAUGUCUGCACCCAACAAAACUCGGGGCUGAUGCGGAUUAAGUCGGAGUCUGAAAUGUUAAGCCUACAGAAUGUCAUUGCCGGAAACACCAUUCUAGCAACAGACCACAUCCAAUUGUUCGUGUCUGGUACGUAUGUGUUGCCAGAAUGGAAGUAUACUGAUGAAUCGGAAGUUAUCGACAGCCUCAUUUGGUCGCCUGGCAACCCUGAUCCAGGUCAAGGUCACUGUGUCAUGAUGACACCAACAGGUCUGAAAAGUGUGGACUGUACAACAAAACUCUUCUCUAUCUGUGAAUUCUUUUGAUAACAAAGAUUUUGGACAAGAUGGGGAAAAAUCCAUAGGAAAAUUCCCUUUAUUUCAGAUCGAGAUUCCCUUGAUACAUGAACCCAACAUAAAAUAUACGUCAUUCUUUUCUCGUAAAUAUCGUUGUACCUUUCUAAUUAAGCAAUUCUUGGUGAAGAUCAUGGCAAAGUGGUAUUUUAAAUGAUGGUAAGCCUAGUACGGAUACUUUUUUAUAUAUCGAAACACAUUAAAAGGGACACCUUUAUAUUUGAAAUUGGUACUAAUGCUAAAUUAGAUGUGAUAAUUACAUUUGAUAUAAAUGUCAAUAUGUUGAAAUUUGAACGCAGUCCUGAUUUUCAAAAUCUGUUGAUAAAAUUUAAUUUGAUAGAUGUGAUAUUAAGCCAACAAAUGUCACCAAAAGAACCCACUUUACUAUAUGUUGUCCUUACUAACAACAAAAAUUUUGUCCAAAAUACUCUUGUUAAUCCGACAAUUUGUAGAGACCACUUAGCAAUUAUAUUCGAUGUAAAAUUUCAUUUUUGAAGUUAUUGAUCAAUAUCACGAAAAACGGAGUGACUUUUGACACAAAAGGCGCGAAUGUUAAUAUAUGCAGGUAGGGCGUAAGAAUUGUACCUGCUGCCCCAUUGCAUGAUCGUAAGAGGCGACUAAAUUUGGGAUCUUAUCUUUUCUCUUCUUUCUUACAAACUUUCUUUUUGUUAAACAUACGUCACAGUGGACAACAACACAGUUUUAUAUAAUUAAAUUUUUGUUUAUUAACAAAAUAACAAAAAAUAAUUCACAAAAUGUCUAUUCUCUUAUACAUCACACUCCACCAUAUACACCCAUAUACAUACCACUUACAUGUGUAUAACAUAUUAUAGAAAACUGUACAGCAGAGAACUGAAGCGGGUGCUAUUACGUCACACAGUAUGACGCAGUAUGACGUAAUAGCACAACAUAAGCGGUUUGCGUUGUCCACGUGACUACUAUUUUGUUAAACAUACGUCACAGUGGACAACAACACAGUUGUAUAUAAUUAAUUUUUUGUUUAUUAACAAAAUAACAAAAAAUAAUUCACAAAAUGCCUAAAUAAUGAGGAUAAAAAAAUAUGUAACUUCCAAAAGUUGGAUAGUUAUAUAGCACAUAAUGAUGUAUAAAAUAACCAGGUUAAUAUACCUGUAGGAAACUAACAUGAAUGAUGAGUUACGUUGACACAUGAUUAGAUUCUAUAUCAAUUUAAAUUGUGAACAAUGGAAAACACAUCAAUAAGAAACGUAUAUACAGGGACAUAUAUGGGUAAGAGUAUACUACUCAUGAGACAAAAUCUUGUCGGAGAACGAGGAGGGAGUUUCUGAAUGAACAUAAUGUGUGAAAAAUACCUCGGAGGAUUUCCACCUACCGACCUUUCUCACAAUUUCAGGGUUAAUGUUAGCAUCGAUAGCCGUUGUAGCUCCUGUGGGGCGGAAGGACUUAGCAGAAUACCCCAGACCCCCAAGAUCUGCUACUACGAUAGCCUGACACAACACGCCAGCUAUAGCGGACGCACUAAGGACUUUAUAGGGUUUCUCUAAUGUCAGGAACACUGCUCCAGUGGGAGUUGUGUAAUAUUCGGUUUUGUCCAGGUAGACUCUCAAACAGGCUACAGGGUCGUUUUGAACAUUCUGGGACUUAGGUAACACAACAGGAAAUCCUGUUCUGGUUAGGUCAUUUUUUAUACCAAAAAAAUGUAAUCCUCACACCGUUGUCGAGGAAAUUUAUCUGAUUUCUGUUGAAAGCCAGAUUAUGAGUAUUGUCUCGACAGUCCGAAGUCUGCGAACUCGCGGAGUGCACACCUUGAGGUGCUAUGUCAGACGGACGCAACAUCAAAGUAAAGCGAGCAAUCAGAUGCACUUAAGUCGGAGAUUGCGCAAGCUGAGCAUCUCGUUGAUAGGCCACGAUUCAAACAAGUCAUGGAAGUUUUUGACAGGCAUAACUUUGGACUUUGUCAUGGGUAUCUUAGUUCCAGAUUUAAUCAAUCCUGUUAUAAGUCUGAAUUUCAACACAGUUCAUUAUGUUAUCUUGGCCUUUGGAAUUAUACAAGUGUCCUAAUGUCGCAGAGACAGUGCGCAAAACAGAACUAGGUCGCUGUGACCCAUUAGCCACUUCGAUGAGUAGGGAGGCAAGGUCAGCCGAGCGUGUCGGAGGGAACGCGAUAUCAUGUUUGGAGCAAAAUAGGUACACCUUUUGUAGCGCGUUAUUGUACGACCUUAAUGUACCCUUAGCCCAUGAAGAAAGGAAUCUUUGUAUACUUUCAGGAGACCAACCCUGUGAUAUUAAAUGUUGUCGCCAGACACCCUCCAGACAUACAUCGUCCAUUUUAGGUUCCGCGAAGGCUCCGGUAGGACACCCAUUGCGCGACAUAUACGUUUGUUUUUCGGUAGUCGUAACGGUGGUUGGAUUGCCAUCGAUUUUAAUAGUGGAAACCAGCUCUGAGCUGGCCACCACGGUGCUAUGACUGUAGCCUUCGCUUUGUGCCUCUGAAUUGUCUUUAAAAUUGCAGGAAUCAGACAAAACGGUGGAUUGACGUUAUUGUUCUCCUGGCCCCAAUUCGAUUGAGCUAGGGCAUCUACUCCCUCGGAGUACGGUUCCCAGUAUCGACUGUUGAACCGGGGUAGUUGUCUGUUUUGGCAACUCGAAGCGAUCCACAGUGUGAGGUCCCCAUAGUUUGUCUAUUUAAUUGAACACGUUGGGAUUCAACAUCCAGUUGUGUUUGUCGAGGGUUCUCGACCAGUAGUCGGCUUGGAUAUUUUUGCGCCCAGCAAUAUGCGCGCACUGAAGAUAAAGACCAUUGUCCGACGCCUCGGCCCAUAUAGCCGUCGCGAGACGAGAGAGAGCACGGACUGGACCUCCUUUGUGAUUGAUAUAGGCCAUAGCCGAAAUAUUGUCCGUCAGAAUUUGCACGUGUUUGUGACGUAACAGCGUGCGGAAAGCAUGAAUUGCCAUUAAUAUGGCCAAUAACUCUCUUUGGUUGGAUGGUAAGUGAGAUACGCGAAGGUUCCAGUCACCCGAUGCGACUUGUCCUUCGUAUACUGCUCCCCAUCCAAGGUGGGAUGCAUCGGUAAUCACCUGUGCCUCUAUUGGACGUGUACAUAAUUCUCUACAAUUCCAGUGGUCAAUAGCGUCAAGCCACCACGUCAACUCUGAAACUACGCCAGGCGACAAGGUUAAGACGUCUGACAAAGAGAGACGAGAAGAUAAUAAACGGUAAACUUCACGUAAGAGUAACUUACCUGGGCUGACGGCCCACACAGUAGAUACGCACAGACCGGCGAUCUUAGCGAGAUGCCGAGCCUUUAUAGUCUGGUUUCGCAGCGCACGUUUGAUACUACGUUUGAUUUUGACUACGCGUGCCUGCUGUACGCGUAUUACUACCUUGUCACCUGAAUGGUCAAUUGUACAACCAAUGAAGUCAACGUUAUGGGACGGGGAUAGUUGAGAUUUUUCGUAAUUCACACGAAAGCCAAGAUCCUCUACAGUAUGAACUAACUGGUCCGCAAAAUCAGUAAUUUGGGCGGGCGGGGCGGACAAUAAAAAAUCAUCAACAUAUACCGUAAUUUCGAUACCUAAGGAUCUAAGGUAGUGAAUAAUGGGCCGAAUUGUCUUACAAAAGUAAUACGGAGAGCAGGACAGUCCGAAUGGUAAUACCUUCCACCUAUAAUAAAUGGAAUUUCACUUGAAGCCUAGAUAAUCCCUAUCACACACAGACACAGGGAUAUGGAAAAAUCCGUCCUUAAUAUCAAUACUCACAAACUUAUCUCCACUAGAUAUGGUUUCUGAAACAAUACGUGUUACGAUAUUUAGGAGUAUUACAAAAAGAAUUGAUGUGCCUCAAAUCUGUUUAUGAGUCUGAGUUUUUUGUUUUUCUUUGGCACACAACCUAGCGGACUGACACAUACAGGUUUAUAAUCGCAUACCUCGAUAUAGUCACUGUCUAGCAACCUUUUAAUUUCGCCAUCAAUAAAUUUACGUUGUAUUGAGGAAACAUAAUGAUUGUCAAUUUCAAACGAGUCUGAGUAUCGAUCAAAGUGUAUAGGAACGCCGUUAAGUAGCCACGAAGUCACUGUAUUAGGUGUACCAAUUCGUUCCCAUGCGUCAAUGUGAUCACGCAGUCUGGAUGCACACAUACUUCACUUUGAGACACAUUGUAUAACAUGAUUCAAAAAGAUACACAGUACAUUGUAUGAUGACCAGAUGUAAACAACUCAAAUAUUUACAGUACUUGCUUUUAACACCUGAAGUCUAGUCAUCUUUAUCCGCAGGAGUGGAAUCGUUGUUGUUGGGUCUUCUAGGGUACGGCCGGUUUCCCAUAGAGUUAUAAACGUCCGGUUUGUGUCUGUAGUCCCCGUUGUUCCUGUUGUAGUUGUUAAACCUGUGGUAGGAAUUCCGGUGUGUAGAGCGACCUUGACCCUGUGACUGACUCUGUGACCGGGUCGGAGCAGGUCUUGCGACUGCAGCUAGCGAUGCUGCGGAUCGUAAAGUCUCAAUUGAGUCACUGUUCAAACCCGACGUGUUACGUUGUAGAGUGCGAAAUAACUUUGACGUGGUAGCGUCUUAAUGACCAUUCACCACAAUGGCAGCGUACUCGUCCUGAAGGUAUUUCAACUGAGCAUGGCUAACAGAAAAUAUUUGGUCCAACUUUGACUGACUGAUUUCAUCACCAGGAGAGAUUGUAGUUAAUAACUUAAUAACAGUUUCGGCAUAACGACCACACUUGGAUAUUACGUUAAAAGCUGGUUGAUCCGAUCGUUGAACUCCUUGACGCGAUUCGUGCAAUUUCAAUUCGGCUGGCAGUUGAAUUUUAGACACACUGUCCUUAAUUGCAUUAAAUUCGCCCUGAAUAUCAACUACUAUGUCUUCUGUCCCGGUGGCACGAUGGGCAUUAUCCCAUAUGGGGCCGGGUAGCGGGCUGCGAAGAUGGGGUGCCUCGUGGUCACCACGUGGGUUUCUGUGUGUAUUGUCCAGAUGGUUGCUUACCGUAUCCAAUACAUCUUCUAACUUCUUUUCCAUAGGUAAACCCGGAUUGAUGGAAAGCAGUGAAGCACUUUUUAGUCUAAUAAUUCCGAAUUCACAAAACGUGUCCUUGCUGGUGGAGUGUACAGCAGAGAACUGCAGAGAACUGAAGCGGGUGCUAUUACGUCACUGAGUAUGACGUAAUAGCACAACAUAAGCUGUUUGCGUUGUCCACGUGACUACUAUCUUCCUAAUGUCUCCCUUGACACUGCCUCACUUUUGGCCUUUAGUUGAGCGUUCGCCCCCAUCAGGAAGGCUUUGGGUUCUGUCCC